AUGAGUUUGUGCAAGCACUGCAUCCAAGGCGUUCGCCACGAGGGUGACUCUCAGGGAACGUUCAAGACCAUCGACGGUGUCGCUUGCUACGUCGCCACCCCUACCGUUGACUAUCCCAAGGAUAAAGUCAUCCUCUUCCUACCAGAUGUUUUUGGUAUCGAGCUCAGCAAUAACCAGCUUCUCGCAGAUGACUUCGCAAGAAACGGCUUCAAGGUCGUUGCAAUCGACUACCUUAACGGCGAUAAAAUUCCUCCUGAUGCCAUGAACGCUUCGUAUGAUUUCAUGGCAUGGCUCUCCAAGCACGGCGCAGACAAGACCCGCCCACCCCUCGAUAAGGUCAUCGCCGCACUCAAAGCGGAAGGCGUCACCAAGUUUGGCGCAACUGGCUACUGCUUCGGCGGUCGUUACACUUUUGACCUUGCAUUCGACAACGUCAUCCAGUGCGCCGUGGUCUCCCACCCCUCACUCUUGAAGGUGCCUGAUGACCUCAAGACGUACUUUUCCAAAUCACAAGCGCCUCUCCUGAUCAACUCCUGCGAAGUCGAUCAGAUGUUCCCUGCCGAAGCACAAACACAAGCCGAUGAAAUCUUUGGCGAUGGGAAAUUCGCCCCAGGAUACAAGCGCGAGUAUUUCCCUGGUUGCACCCAUGGGUUUGCUGUACGUGGGGAUAUGAGCGACCCGCUGAUCAAAGCUGGGAAGGAGGGCUCGUUCAAGGCUGCUGUGGAGUUCUUCUUGGAGCACCUGUGA